AUGAAUCUUUACAAGCCUUUAAAUCAAUUUAAUUCUUGUGUUUAACAUAAUGAAAAAGCAAUUUAUCUAGAUAUGGAAAUGAAAGAAAACAAAAGAAUAUUUUAUUGCUUGAAAUGUAUUGAAAAAAUAAAAAACUUAAAUAACUUAUUAUCGAUUAAAGAUGCUGAAGCUUUCAUAUAAAAAAAUCAAAAAUUAAUAAUGGAAGAUAGAAAAUUACUAAAUAAAUAAAAUUUAGAAGUUCUCCUAAAAUUAAAGUAACAAUUAUAAUAAUUUUAAUCAAAAUUAUCCUAAUAUAUUGAAUAAAAUGUAUAAAAAAUCAAUGACCAUGUUUAAAUUAUUAUUUCAACAGAAGAGUCAUUAGAAUUAAAAAUUAAAGAUAUGCUUUGCAAAAUUAUCUAUGAAAAUAGUGAUAUGGAUUAAAAUUUUGAAAAAUUAAUUGAUUAUCAAUAAAUAAAAGAAUCAUUAUCUUAUUCUUUAACGCUUGUAUCAAACUUCUCAUUUUUAGAAGAAUAGUAAAAAUUUUUAAAGUAAAUAAAAUUGGGAAAUACUAUUAAUUCACUCGAAUUAAUCAAAGAUUUUUUUAAAAACUAAUAAGAUACAUAAUUUAUAAGAAAUUAAAAUUGUAAUAUUCAUUAGCUCUAACUUGAUUUUAUUUAUAAGAAUUAAAAGAAUUAAUAUAAUAUAGGUUGUAUGAAAUGUGAUUUUGAAAAUGUUAUAUAGAAAAGAAGUCUAUGUGAGUUAAAAUAAUGUUGGGAUUAAUUUUAAAAUAAUACCUAAAAUUAUGUUGGAUUUCAUUAAAAAGUUCAAUCUUCUUUAGAAUUAUUAAAAUAACAUAAAAUAGCAUUUAUUUAAAUAAUAAAUUAGCUUAAUUAAUUAUUUGACCCUAAUGAGGAAAAAAUAGAUAGAAUUAGGAAAAAAACAUUUAAUUUAAUAAAAAAAGAUUGGAUUGAGAUGACUACUGAAGACGUAUCAUUCAUUUCAAAAAUUUUAAAUGAUUAAAAUAAUCAGCUAGUCUUUGAAGAUACAAUCUAAGCAGAAAUAGAAGCAAAUUAGACAUAAAUUCGAUAAUUUUGUUAACAUCAAAUAUAAAUUACUGAUUAAAUUAAAUAUUCCUAUUAAUUUUAAAAUACUAAUAACUAAAAGAAUAUUUCUAAAUAUUCAGAUAGUAAAUCAACAUAAUUAAUAGAAGGUAAGUCUUAACAUUCUGGAAAAUAAUAUAUAGUAAUAAAUACUUUCAAAGAAGAUGAAUGCAAAGCUCUAGCAUUUAAUUAAGACUCAACAAUAAUGAUAGCUGGAUAUUUUAAUGGUUUAAUAAAUGUUUAUGAAUUUAAAUUAGGAUUAAUUAAACUUGUAUAAUAGUUAAAUUAGCAUCGAAAUAUGAUUACUUGUCUAAGUUUUAUGAAAUAAUCUAAUGGGUUUGUUUCUGGGAGUAAAGACAUGACAAUAAUUAUAUGGAUGAUGAAAAAUAAUGUCAUUUUGGAAGUAUAAAGAAUAUUAAAUGCUCAUUCAGAUUGGAUUGUUUGCUUAAUUAUAAAUAAUAAUGACAAUCUAAUUAUUAGUGGAAGUGAUGAUAAAUCUAUAAAAUUUUGGAUAAAAUAAAAUAAUUGGAAACAUUCUUAAACAUUAUUAAAUCAUAAUGGAAGAAUAAGAAGUUUAAGUUUAAAUUAAAGUUAAAAUUAAUUAAUUUCUUGUGCGGCUUAAGAUGAUCGUAUUUUAGUUUAUUAGAGUGAAAACAAUAAUACUUGGAUUUUAAUUUAAGUAAUUUAAUAAUGUGGAUAAAGAAUAUGUUUUCUUAAUGAUUAUAUUUUUACAGUUUAGUAAAUGAAAACAUAAGAGAUGUAAAUUUACGAAUUAAAUUUAUAAAAUAAACUAUUUUAUUAAGCCAAAAAUAUAUAUGUUUAAAGUGGAAAUGGUUGUGAUUGGUUAUUUCCAAAAUAAUUUAUUAAAACAAAAUAAUUAUUAAUAAAUAAGAAUGGAUAAAAUUUAAAUAUAAUUAAACUAAGAAAUAAUGGAGAAAUUAUUACAGAAUAAUCAAUAGAUUUUUAAACAUAUUUUUUUUAUGGAGCUGUUACUGAUGAUGGGGAAUAUUUAGUAACAUGGAAUGCAAAAACUUAAGAAAUGUAGGUUAGGAUAUAUAAAGAAUGA